CAAUGGCUUCUGAAAAGAAGCUGGGGAAAGAAUUUUUUUUAGGCCGUGAAAAAUAGAGAAAAAUAAUUUCCAAAAUUUGGAAAGUGCAGCUCGCGUGCAAAAACUUACCGGAAAGAAAUGCCGAGUCAACGGCGGUCCGUAAAGAUGUACAGCAACACUUUCUGGUCUCCUCCAACAAGAAUUGUUGGAACUGGCUGAAAAGGGAUUGUUUGUAUAGAACUGGAAGAGACUAAUGCACAUGUGGAACAAAUCAUGCCAAAGGUUUCGUUGGGCCAGGCGUCUCCUGUGACAGAGAGAAGGUGUGCAGUUGCUUCCCAGGUCUCUGCUGAUUCCAUUUAUCAGUGGUUGUUCAGAAGUGUAGAGCUGUGGCCUGCCCCACAUUCUCUGCCUGUUUAGGUAGAUAAUAAGUGCAGGUCAAAUAUUUACCACAGAGUUGUGACUGAGAACGGGAUAAAUUUGCAGGGGUGAAUUUGAACCACUGUCCUUCAUGACGUCUCCAUGCUGCCUAAAAAUUGUAAACUGCUCCCAUAUUGCUGAAGCAGCCUUAAACUCUGGAUGCAACAGGUAUCUAUCAACUGGAAGUGAUCAUAAUACACAGACUGAAAACACAGGAAAUACACUUGGUAGCGAGAAGGUGGGUAAAGCCCCAUUUUUCUAGGGACUUGGCCAAUAAGGCUGCAAUGGCAGCUGUUGCCACUGAUGACCUAAGUCAAAUCACAAUAACAAAACAGAAGGAAGAUACGCAGAAGGUUUUAGAAGCCAAAUGGAAAGGGAAGGAAUCAAAGCCAAGGAGAACCCUUGAGUGCCUGAUCUGCGGAGCAUUCUUCAGCAGUGUUGACAAACUUAAAGUCCAUUCAUACUCUCACACAGGAGAGAGGCCCUACAAGUGCUCACACCCGGAGUGCACUAAAGCCUUUGUGUCCAAGUAUAAACUUCUCAGGCACAUGGCCACACAUUCACCACAAAAAACACACAAGUGCACCUACUGUGAAAAAAUGUUCCACCGGAAAGAUCAUCUGAAGAACCACCUUCAGACUCAUGAUCCAAAUAAAGAAGCCUUCAAGUGUGAAGAGUGUGGCAAAAACUACAAUACCAAGCUGGGCUACAAGCGUCACCUAGCACUUCACGCUGCUACCAAUGGUGACCUGACCUGUAAAGUGUGCCUUCAGACAUUUGAGAGCACAGAGGUUUUGCUUGAGCACCUGAAAUCACAUUCAGGCAAGUCGUCAAGUGGAGUCAAGGAAAAAAAGCACCAGUGUGACCACUGUGACCGACGGUUCUACACUCGGAAAGAUGUUCGGAGACACAUGGUAGUCCACACAGGAAGAAAGGAUUUUCUUUGUCAGUAUUGCGCUCAGAGGUUUGGGAGGAAGGACCACCUGACGAGACACAUGAAGAAGAGUCAUUCGCAGGAGUUGCUGAAAAUUAAGACUGAGCCAUCUGAUGUAAUGGGUCUGAUUCACUGCAGUCCACCUGUAACAGUGAAGGAGGAACUUAGUCCAAUGAUGUGUAUGGCUUCUAAGGAGACAGUAAGUAAGCCAUUUACUAGUUUGCCAAUGAGCAUGUACAGUUCACAUAUUCAAGCCAUGACAAAUUCAGGAUCAUCACAUAGCCUGGUUGCUAGUUCUCUAGCUAUGGGAAUGGGUUGCCAGAUGGAAUCCCCGUCCUCAAUUCAUUCAGCACCUCCUCAACCUCCUUCUAAGUAUCAGAUUGGAUCUACCUCAUAUGCCACUGGCUUGCCUGAGAAGCCAACAAAAAUUGAAAUGGAAAGUUACUUAAUGGACUUGCACAGCAGUUUGCCACUUUCAUCCCAUGAAUCUCAGCCUGCACCAACUAAAGUAGGCUUAGAUUCCCAAACUGGGCCUCUGGAUGACAUUUCUGGUGAACAUUUACUCUCCAAAGGCCCUGCUAUAAUUACUGACUCCCUCUGUACAGCAAACAUGGAUUUUUCCCAUUUGCUGAGCUUUUUACCACUGAACCACCCUACAUACAAUCCACCUGUUUCAGCAGGGGGGCUGGUAAUGGGCUAUACGCAAAGUGAGCCUCAGUCUUUACUUACCUCUCUUCAGCCUCAACUGCAGGACUCCCAAGGAUCUGGAAAUGGCCUAAGCCUUGGGCCUCUUCAUCCAUUGUCUCCAGUCUUUACUACCAGUUUGAGCACAACAACAUUGCCGCGUUUCCACCAGGCAUUCCAGUGAACUGCUGUUGGAUGUAUUAUUUAGUAGUCUGUGCUUGGAGUGGAAUCUACUGAAGCGCACAAAGCUUUCUGGAACUCGAGAGGAAGCUGAAGCUUUGAUUAAGGCAAUUUCCGUUAUCCAAUCUAAUCCAUAAUAUGGCGUUUUAAAAAUCCGUUAGCAACUUAGGCAUUCAUAAACAAUGAGCCUUUUGCUUUGUACACUUUCAACAUGGAUACAAAUCCACAUGGGGACUGAACAUAUCAGAACUCAGAGAAGUGGAUGAGUUUUAAUGUGAAAAUUACUCCCCAGCUAGCUAGAUGGUUCAUACGUUUUUAAUGUUCAUUGGAGAUCUGUUACAAAUGUCAAGUUAUUCAGUGAGUUAAAUGUCUGAGAGAAUUUUAGAGAAAAAUUAGUGAAGGAUGGGAUAAAUUAUAAAUCUAGUUAUUAUGGCAUUAUGCAAAUACAUUGGCUUCUGCUUUGUUAAUCAGGCUUGGCCAGCUGUCCAUAUUAAGCCGUGUUUUUUAACAAAUAUUUUGUCCCGCAGUAAGAUCGCUGUCCGAAAGAGGUUUUUGCAUGGCCAAAAUGAUUGUGCCCAUAAUGUGAAUCGUUAAAAUAAUCUAACAAACUAGACACAUUUUGUACAUAUUAACUUGCAAAUUCUCACGAAGCAUAAUUGACCUCUUUAAUCGUUCUAAAGAUAGAGCCUAGAUGUUGUGUGUAAUAUUGCUCAGCACGUUCUUGUGGCUGUCUUCAUUUUAACAGUAGCAUUAAACCAUUUUAGGUAUAAUUAUCAAUGCAGAUUAAAAUAACCAUCAGAAACAAUCCCUAUGGACACUAAGUUAAGAAUGUUGGAAAUAAUAAUCCUAGCCUUUUUUAUAUGAUGAUAUUUGUCAUUCUGGGUUUAUAAAACUUACCAUUGAUUCCUAUUUUUUUUUGAUAGGAAAGCAGCGGUUUUCAUAUUUAAGUAUUUCUCAUGAGGGUAAAUGUCAUUUAUUUAUAUGAUCACUUUAACCCAUGGUCAAUACAUUAAUAAACAUCUUACUGUGUUGCAUGGAGCUGUAACAAGAACUCGUGCAGUAAUCUGCUUUUGAGAGAUUUGAACAACACCAGUAGCUCAUUUACAACAAAGAUAAAAUGUGCAACAUGUUUAAAGAAAUCAGUAGUUGUAAAUUCUACUGCUGAUUAAUUUAGGGUACAGAUUGAGCACCUAGGUGAUCAUUAGAUUGCUACAUCAAGGAACACUCUGAUGUUUACUCCAAGCACUGUAAAGCAGUAUUGAAAGGAACAGACUUAAGUCAAAGUAGACCACAUGGAUUGCAACAAAGGUACGCACAUGUACAAAAUAGUCCCAGUUGUUUGAUCAAAUUUAGAUGCAGAUUUUUACACAAGUCUGGGUCUUUUUUUCUAAACUAUUUCAGGUUUUUUUCUUGCCUCCAGAUUUGUGGCACAAUUAAAGUAAAGUAUUUUAAAUAAAAAUUUUAAUGUCAUAAUAGCCAGAAUGUAAAUGUGUGUGGUGGAGUUUUCCUUCCAACACUAAUUUUACUGUUAAAGACACACUGAACACUCUCAACUCAUAGCUUAACGGGGAGGUAUUAUGGCUUUAUUAUAAUGCAGUUGCUUCUAAUAUUUUAAUCAUCCUGCCUUUUACACCUGAGUAAUAACCCUAAAUUGUUUUUGCCUAUUCAUUUAAAACCCAAAUGUAUCUUCAAAAGACAUUAUGAUAUACAUCUCUGUAUGAUACUUAUAAUGCAUAUUUUAGAAAAUUUAGCUCCAAAUAAUAGUUAAACACAAGCUAAUUGAAUUCUUAACCAUUUUCUGCGAGAAAUGCAUUGUUGGCUUGUAGAUGUAGUAAUCUUAAAAAUUUAUUGAAUAUCGCUAGACCUUUAUAUAGUGAAUAUGUACUUUGAAAAUAUUGUAUCUUUUCUUUGUAUUUAGGAACUGUGAGAUCUAGAAAGGAUACAGAACAGGGUGUUUGAUUUAAGUAUACCCUGAUAAUAUUAAGUCAGGGUCUCAAAGAUUUUUAUGUAAUGCUUGUGUUUUUAUGUCAAGAUUUUAGUUCCGUUACUAUUUUGCCUCUCCUGACAGUGCCUUAUUCUGGCCACCUGAGGCUUUGAGCUAUUUGAUUCCUUAUUUCACAGUUGUUUUUGAGCAGGACCUCACAAAGACACAACACACCACCUCAUGCAUGUUUCUUGUUAUAAAACCUAGGAAAAGAACUACACGUGGCUUACAAUGAAUAUGAAGGCUAGUUCGUGAUCUAUUUUGAAACAAAUAGAAGUAAUCUUUUUGCUGUGGAUAUGCAAAAGCAUAAGUCUCCAUGACAAAAUAAAUACUCCUCUUAUAAAUCACACAUAUUAGUUUUUGUAUAAUUAGGAUUAAAUAAUAUCACUGCCAAAUUAUUCUACUGAAGAACUUUCAUGGAAUUCCUCUGUCAGUUGAAAUGCAGACAAUUAAUUACAGCAAUUGUAUAGUAAUGUAUUAACAAAUAUCUCGUGGAUUUCCUAAAUUCAGUAUUUUGAGAAAUUUUAGACAUGUAGUAUGAAUGGAAAAAUUGAUAAUUUGUAUCAUGCUUUAAUCUUCCCUGCAUCAAAGGAUAAUUGUUUACAUCAAGAAUAUUUUAGAAGGAAAUGUGUUAAGACAACUGUGGAUAGAUAUGUCUUAGCUAUCCUUAAGGUCAAAAUCAAGUGCAGUGAAACUGAUAAUCUGGCAUCCUCAUCAUUAUUUUUGGAUUUUCUGGACUAUUUAAUAUUAAUAUCUUGGGAUUUUUUGGUUCAUUCUUUUUUGAUACUUCACAGUAGUUAUACAUUUUCCAGUGAACCUGGUACAUUUAAAGGGAGAUUGGAAAACAGGACUGCAGGAAUUUGGAACUAUUGGAUACCAGAUUAUCAGAAUUGUACUCUAGAAAUUCUGUUCACGCUGGUGAAUACUGCACAUUCAACAAAUGCUUAAUUUUCAAUGAACUUAUUUCUUGUAUUCAU